AUGAAAGCCCCGUUGAAGAUCUCAUUCAAGAAUCAUUUCAAGAGCCGAAAGUCCAACCACAAGCACAAGAAAAAAGGAAAAGGGAGGGCUCCAUGUCAGGGGUGGACGGGUGAUGAAGAGAGGCCACUCGCUCAAUCAUGGCUAGAUGUGUCGGAGGACCGGAUCCACGACGACGAUCAAGACUCAAAAACUUACAAAGAAAAAGUUUGGCGUAACUAUUGUAAAUGCAUGAAAAAGAAUACCCGCAACCCCAAAUCAUUUUACUCUAAGUGGAGGACCACCAAUCGAGCCACAAUGGAGUUCAACGGCAUCUAUAUGAAUGCCAUCGAAAACCUCCAUAGCGGUGCAACUGAGUUGGAUGUCAUGGCUAAAGUUCGAAAGAUUUGCAAGGCAAAAGUUGGAAAAGCUUUUGCCAAUGAGUCAUUUGGGAAGUUGUGA